AUGAGUUGUCAGAUCUCGUGCAAAUCUCGUGGAAAAGGAGGACGAGGAGGUGGAGGAGGAUUCCGGGGCUUCAGCAGCGGGUCUGCUGUGGUCUCCAGUGGGAGCCGGCGAUCGGGCACCAGCUUCUCCUGCUUGAGCCGCCAUGGUGGCGGUGGAGGGGGCCAAUGUGGAGCCAGUAUGAGCAGCCGGAGUCUUAUUGGCCUUGGAGGAUCCAGGAGCAUCUCCAGUAGUGUGGCUGGAGGAGGUGGAAGCUACGGCUCCAGUGGUGGAUUUGGUGGCAGAGGAGGUGGCUUUGGAGGAGGCAGUGGCUUUGGAGGAGGCAGCGGCUUUGGAGGAGGCAGCGGCUUUGGAGGAGGCAGCGGCUUUGGAGGAGGCAGCGGCUUUGGAGGUGGUGGUUUUGGUGGAGGCAGCAUUGGCGGAGGCCGCCUUGGAGGAGGUGGUGGCUUUGGAGGCUUUGGGGGGCCUGGUGGCUUUGGGCCUGGAGGACUCCCUGGUGGAGGCAUUCAUGAAGUCUCCAUCAACCAGAGCCUCCUACAGCCUCUCGACGUGAAAGUUGAUCCCGAGAUUCAGAAUGUAAAAUCUCAGGAGCGGGAGCAGAUCAAAACACUCAACGACAAAUUUGCCUCCUUCAUUGACAAGGUACGAUUCCUGGAACAACAGAACCAGGUACUGAAGACUAAAUGGGAGCUGCUGCAGCAAAUGGAUGUUAGCACCCGCACCACUAACCUGGAGCCCAUCUACGAAGCAUAUAUUGCCAACCUGAAGACAUACGUGGAUGGUCUCUCCACGGAAAAGGCAUCACAAGAUUCUGAGCUGAGCACCAUGCAAGAUCUUGUUGAGGAUUUUAGGAAGAAAUAUGAGGAUGAAAUCAACAAGCGCACAGCUGCUGAGAAUGACUUUGUAACACUUAAAAAGGAUGUGGACAGUGCCUACAUGAUCAAAGUAGAACUGCAGGCCAAGGUGGAUGCACUCAAACAGGAACUGGAGUUCUUGAAAAUCCUAUAUGAUGCGGAGCUGUCCCAGAUGCAGCAGAGCAUCACUGACACCAAUGUCGUUCUGUCCAUGGACAACAACCGCAACCUGGACCUGGACAGCAUCAUCAGUGAGGUCCGGAAUCAGUACGAGGAAAUUGCCUUGAGGAGCAAGGCUGAGGCUGAGGAGCUAUACCACAGCAAGUACGAAGAGCUCCAGGUGACUGCUGGCAAACAUGGAGACGGCCUGAAAGAAGUCAAGAUGGAGAUCAGUGAGCUGAAUCGCAUGAUCCAGAGACUGCAAGGGGAAAUCUCCCACGUCAAGAAGCAGUGUAAGAGUAUGCAGGAUGCCAUCGCAGAUGCUGAGCAGAAGGGAGAAAAUGCCCUCAAAGAUGCCAACAGCAAACUUUCACACCUGGAGGAGGCCCUGCAGCAGGCUAGGGAGGACCUGGCCCGACUGCUGCGUGACUACCAGGAGCUCAUGAACACCAAACUGUCCCUGGAUGUGGAGAUUGCCACCUACCGCAAGCUGCUGGAGGGAGAGGAGUGCAGAAUGUCUGGAGACAUCACCAGCAACGUGACUGUGUCUGUGACAAGCAGCACUGUUUCUUCAAAUGCGUCAUCCAGGACUGGCUUUGGAGGUCAAGGAUCUGGAGGAAGAGGGUCCAGUUCUGGAGGAGGAGGAUACAGCUCUGGAAGUGGCAGCCACAGCUCUGGAGGCAGAAGGUCUAGCUCCAGAGGUGGCAGUGGAGGCGGCUAUGGCUCUGGAGGUGGCUCCAUAGGAGGUUCUGGCUCCGGAGGAGGAUAUGGCUCUGGAGGUGGCUCCAUAGGAGGCUCUGGUUCUGGAGGUGGAUACAGCUCUGGAGGUGGCUCUAGAAUAGGCUCUGGCUCCAGAGGAGGUUCUGGCUCUGGAGGUGGAUCUAGAGGAGGCUCUAGCUCUGAAAAGGGUGGUACUGGCUCAGGUGAAAGUUGUGGUUCCAGUGUGACCUUUGCUUUCAGAUAA